CGAAAUUCUUUGGAGCCAAACGGCUUUUAAACUUGUCACAUGUUCCUCUCCCCACUCUCUCUCUCUCUCUCUCUGGGUGCCAUGCAUGUCAGUUUCUGACUGAGUUACUUUCAUUCAUUAUAUGCCACCUUAUCAACAACAUUCCUCCCCUCUUCCCCCUCCUCUUCCUCUUCCCAAUAGACAUGGGUUGUUUCAUGGCAUGUUUUGGUCUAUCCAACAAAAGAAAGCGUAGAAAGACUAUCUACAAAGUCCUAGCUGGACACCAACAGAAAUAUGGAAAUUAUGAAGUUCUUGCCAUAACAGAAAAAUCCACUAUCCCGGAUUCUGAUUCCAGAGGAAGAGAUGAAGUUAAGGAGCAGAAUAGUGUUAAAACCAAGAAGAAGAAAGUUACCUUCAAUUUGAAUGUACAGGUAUAUGAGCCAAACCCCACUGCUUAUCAGAUAUUGAAUAAUGAGGAAGAAGAAAAUAGGAACUAUGCUGCAGAAACAGAAGGAUCUGCAACCUUGCCUGUGAAAUACCCUUCUAAUCACAGAUAUUACAAUUCCGGAGAUGGAUAUGAUGAAGAAGAUGGAAUGGCAUAUGAAGAUUCUGACAUUGAAGAUUAUGAGUAUGAUUGGGAGGACGACAAUGAAUUUGAUGAUGAUGAGUAUGAUUGGGAUGAUGAUGGUAGUGAUGGAAGUUUGGAAAAUGAUGAGGCUGAGGUAUGUAAUGGAAACUCUAAACAGAAAGAGUUGUCGGAGCCAUGCUAUCCUUCUCUGGCACAAGAUAAGAUAAAGAAUCAGAUGCUAGAUGAUGCUAAGCUGAAAUCCAAUUUACGUGGACGAGACAGAAGCACGGGCAUGCAUUCUGUUCUGAUCCCCGUGGAGAAUCUCACACAGUGGAAAGCAAUCAAGACAAAAGUUGCACCAUCAAGCAAGCACAGGAGGAAGGAGAAUGUUCCAUCAAAGCAACAUACAAGCAUGCCCUCAGUCUCUGAAGCAAGCUUGAAUUUCUCACCUUGCAGCUUGGAAUCAAAUGCCCUUCAGUCCAAGCCUCUAUUGCCAGAAAUUUCAGUUGAUGCUAGUCUUUCAAACUGGUUGGUUUCUCCUAAUUAUCAUGUCUCCUCGACCACAAUUCAUUGCCAAUGAUGCGGUCGUGUCAUUGAAAAAACAGCAACUUGGAAAGUAUCAAUUCUGUGGACUUUUAACAAAGCAUUUUUUUUUCUACCAGCAUGGACAGCAACUUCAAAGGAGGACGCAUCAAAUUUUGAUUCUUCUGUUUGAUUAUUCAUUCACCAAAUCAGUAUCUGCCGGUUGGGAUGAUUUCAGUGUAUUUGUGUGUCUAAUUCUUAUGCUUUAUUUUGUUUUGUUUUGUGAAUGGUUAUGUUGUAAUCCAUGGGGAGUGUAUUUGUCUAUUUUUAUCUUCAUGUAACAGCUAUACAAUUUGAGGUGUUCUCAAUUUUCAUGUUCACAUUACAGUACAUUGUAUUCAUUAAGACAUUCUGCAAAGUGAUAUUUGAAUCAAUCAAGAGGUUCUUGUGUACGCAA